AUGAAACAAUUGUUGGGUGAAUUAGAAAAGCAUAAUCACAUUGAGCGGCAUAAGUGUGACAACAACAUGAUGACUGUCACAGACUUUCUCUUGGAUGACAUUCCUAUUCUCGAGGUGAUUGUCACAGAUAGGGAGCUUGCUUUAAUGAAUGCUAUUGACAGCGGUCGUCCAAUACCAUUUGAUAGCAUUAACCCUCAUUGGAGGACUCUAGAGCUAGUACAAAAGUUGAAGAAUGAUGAAGUGGAAUUGAGUUGUAAACCAAAGUUUGAUCUCAUGCUUAAGCGAUUCAAUGCAUCUGAUUACACUAUGCAGUUGGAAAUUUUGCAUAAGUUAGGAGAGAUUGCAAAUCUGCAAAGUACUUUUCUCAUUGAGUCGGAUGUGAAGCCCAACCCUCAAAGUAAGGGACAUAAGAAGAUAGAUGUAUCUACUCGUCGAAACCCAUGUGCAUUUGAGUUGGUUCAGUCUGGACAUGAGAGCCACUCACUUAUGGGCACCCAGAUCCCCACACAGAAUUCUGUCAAAGUACAUAAAAAAUGGCCUACCAAAGAGAAGGUAAAUGGGACUCGUACAACUACAACUUAUUCAUAUGUUGAUGACCUUCCAGUUGGAUUGAAGUCGUACAUACGUCUUAUCAAGGAUGUAGAUGUCGAUGGCAAUUUAGGGCCAUUGAUUGAAGAACUGAUCCAUAUUCUAUCAUACUUUGAGCCCAAUCUAGGGUAUCAUCGUUGGAUAACUAUGCCUAACAUGGGUCAUCUUAUUGAAUCUUGUUAUAAUGUGGUAUUGUACCACUUAUUUGCACAACAAUGCCUUACAUUCCUCCCCCUACGAUCAGUGCCAAUAUCACAAGUUCAACGGUGUGAGAUUGUUAUUGGAUUUGUUAAUGGGAAUCAUUUUGUCCAGGUGUUCAUGUUACUGGGUCAUCCAGUUCCACUGAUAGCUACCAAUUGGUGCAAAUUUCAUCGUUCUUGUGCGACUGGAUGGGAUACUGUAUAUAGUCACCAAAUUGAGCAUUUUAAAGAAGUUGUUCAUUCAGGGGUAGCUACUAGAGAGACAUUUGAUUGUAUUAACCUUGACGAGCAAUGA